AUGAGGAUGGAUGACUAUGUUACCCGGUUCCUGGCCUCCUCCAUCCAAGGAGGGCUUGGAAAUGAACACGCAGUAGAACUGCUGGAACGCAAUGUGAACCCUCGCAUUGCAGAACAGAUCUAUCUGCAAGACACUAGAAACAAGAACUUGUCUCUAGCGGCCGAGGAAGUACGUCGAGUUGGUAGAGCCAUGGAGCUUUACCAGAUGCACCAAGGUGGCGGGUCCACCACUAAAAAUAACGAAUCCCAGAGGCGCCCUGGGUCAUCAAACCAAAAUAAACACUCUCACGGGUUCCAGCCGUUUGGGCUGCAACCAGGUCGGGGUGCUCCAAUGGAUAUCGGCGCGGUCUAUGGCGGACAGAAGCGCAGAUUCACCUGCUUCAACUGUGGGCAGGAGGGGCACAUGGCACAUGACUGCAGAAAUGGAGCACAGGCCGCUCAACAAAAAAAUAACCAAGGGCGCCAGGCGCGCCAAUUAGAAUCCGAAAAGCCGGACGAUCGGCUCAACUCUUUGGCCGGUCGUUCAUACGAUGAAAUCUGGGCCUUUUUCUAUGACCAACAGGUCAAUGAAAUGAAGGCUCAGGGAAAAGAGUUCGGGGCUUAG